AUGCUCCACAAGUUGGCAGACCCAAAACAGAACGCCUUCAGAGAGAAGCUCGAGGACAUCCUAGCUACAGUGAGUGGCAACGAGGGCAUCAUCAUUGGGGGAGACCUGAACUGUCACGUGGGAGCAAACAUUGUGGGGUACGAAGAAGUCAUGGGCAUAUAUGGUUAUGGCACUCAGAAUGAAGAUGGAGCAGCUCUUUUAGAUAUAUGCAAGAAUCACCAACUCAGAGUUGCCAACGCAUACUUUCGCAAAGAACCUGAGAAAUUGAUAACUUACAAAAGCGGGGUUAUAACAACACAGCUUGACCUCAUUUCAUGGAGAACUAUGCUCGACAUCAACUUGUUGAACUGCAAACUGAUACCAGGAGAGGAAUGCCUAAUACAACGUCGCCUAGACGUGCUCUCCUUAACAGGAGACUUUGACGGGACUUGGGAAAAGGCCGAAGCUAUAAUGAUAGAAGCAAGUGAAAAGACCUGUGGACGCACAAAGGGUGGCAGAGGCAGAGAAAGAGAAUCAUGGUGGUGGAAUGACUCAAAGGAGGCAGUGUUAGCAGAAAAGAAAGCGGCAUACAAGAUGCGCAAGGAUCUAAAAGAUGUGCUAGACCCCAACUUCAUCAAAGUCGCCGGGGAUACAAUUAAAGUGGAACCUGCUGAAGUGCAGGAAAGAUGGAGAGGUUAUUUUGAAGAUCCAUUGAACAGGGAAAACCAAAAUAUACUUGAGGAAACCCCUGCAGUGCAUGGUCCACUAGAAAGGGUCACAAAAGCAGAAGUAUCUCUGGCACUGAAACGUAUGAAGAGCGGCAAGGCUUCGGGUCCCUCAGAAGUCAUCUCAGAAAUGUUCAAGAUUGCUGACCAGGGUUCUGCUAUGUUGUGCUCGGUAUUCAACAACAUCAUGAGAAACGACAUAACUCCGGAUAAGUGGACGGAGAGCAUCACAAUACCCUUGUACAAGGGCAAGGGUGAUGCUUUGGAGUGUGGCAAAUACAGAGGACUCAGGCUAUUGGAGCAUGGCAUGAAGUUCUGGGAGCGUAUUCUAAUGCGCAGGCUGGGUGACUACAUCAAGAUCAGCCCACAACAGUUUGGUUUCGCUGCAGGAAAGUCCACAACCGACGCUAUCUUCAUUGCUCGCCAACUGCAGGAGAAACCUAGAGAAGGCCUUUGA